UCUAAAUAUUAUUUUCAAGGAUGAAACAUCGGUUCCCUGUAUCAAUUCAGUACUCGAUAUCAAAAAUAUCGAUCUUUUAGGCUUGAAUAAUCGAUUCUUCGAUUUCAAGUCGCCAUCCCUACCACCAACUUUCAACAUUAAAAAUUAUUUAGGACUUAAAUAUGCAGAGGAUCGUAACACUAAUUAGAUCUUUAUAUACGCCACUACAAAUCCCAAAACAAACAAAUUUUGUGUCUUCAAUCAAAGAUGUGUGCGGGUCUAAUCUAUUGUCUCCUUGGACUCCUAUGAUAAGCUCUAUAUGCAAUUUCAAAGUCAAAGGUCGUGUAAGAAGACGAUGCAAAUCGUGUUAUUUUGUAGUAAGAGAUGAAAGAAUGUACGUAAUAUGUCCGAAAUUUCCCCGUCAUAAACAGAUGGCCAUGAAGCCUAAACCACACAAUACUUGGAUUUUAACCCAUGCUAGCCAAAGUCGUGUAAGACCAUGGUAAUUUUUCAUUUCUAACUAUUUAUAGUUAUAAUAAAUUUCUCCUGUUUAGCAUGUAUAAAUAAAUUAGUAUAAAAAUA